GCAGGAGCCGAAGCAGGAAAGAUAAGUGUUUGGAUGAAGGGCAGGAUGGAUAGGGCUUGCCGUGCCCCCAGUCCUGCUGAUACCAAGUGCCUUUAAGAUACAGCCUUUCCCAUCCUAAUCUACAAAGGAAACAGGAAAAAGGAACUUAAAACUCCCUGCGCUCAGACAGAAAUGAGACUGUUACCGCCUGCUUCUGUGCGAUUCCUUCUUGCCUCCGACUUGUAAACAAGAGCAAGCAGACCAUGCAAGUGGCAAGUCACGAAGUUGUGGGUUUUUGAAAGGCUCCCAGGGACCUCAUGCUCAUCUCUGGACGCUGGAUGGGGAAAUCUGGGGAAGUAUGGACUCUUUAGCCGGCUUAGUUCUCUGUGGGGUCAGCUUGCUCCUUUCUGGAAUGGCAGAAGGAGCUAUGGACCUGAUUUUGAUCAAUUCCCUACCUCUUGUGUCUGAUGCUGAAACAUCCCUCACCUGCAUUGCCUCCGGAUGGCAUCCCCAUGAGCCCAUCACCAUAGGAAGGGACUUUGAAGCCUUAAUGAACCAGCACCAAGAUCCACUGGAAGUUACUCAAGAUGUGACCAGAGAAUGGGCAAAAAAAGUGGUUUGGAAGAGAGAAAAGGCUAGUAAGAUUAAUGGUGCUUAUUUCUGUGAAGGCCGUGUUCGAGGACAGGCAAUAAGGAUACGAACCAUGAAGAUGCGUCAACAAGCUUCCUUCCUACCUGCCACCUUAACUAUGACUGUGGACAGGGGAGACAAUGUGAACAUAUCUUUCCGAAAGGUGUUAAUUAAAGAAGAAGAUGCAGUGAUCUAUAAAAAUGGCUCCUUCAUCCAUUCAGUGCCCCGGCAUGAAGUACCUGAGAUUUUAGAAGUGAACCUGCCUCACGCUCAACCCCAGGAUGCUGGUGUGUACUCGGCCAGGUACAUAGGAGGAAACCUGUUCACCUCGGCCUUCACCAGGCUGAUAGUCCGGAGAUGCGAAGCUCAGAAGUGGGGGCCCAACUGCAACCGCCCCUGUACUAAAUGCAUGAACAAUGGUGUCUGCCAUGAGGAUACUGGGGAGUGCAUCUGCCCUCCUGGGUUUAUGGGGAGGACAUGUGAGAAAGCUUGUGAGCCACACACAUUUGGCAGGACCUGCAAAGAGAGGUGUAGUGGACCGGAAGGAUGCAAGUCUUACGUGUUCUGUCUCCCAGACCCGUAUGGGUGUUCCUGUGCCACAGGCUGGAGGGGGCUGCAGUGCAAUGAAGCAUGCCCACUCGGUUACUAUGGACCAGACUGUAAGCUCAGGUGCCGUUGUACCAAUGCAGAGAGGUGUGAUCGGUUCCAAGGAUGUCUUUGCUCUCAAGGAUGGCAAGGGCUGCAGUGUGAGAAAGAAGGCAGGCCAAGGAUGACUCCACAGAUAGAGGAUUUGCCAGAUCACAUAGAAGUAAACAGUGGAAAAUUUAACCCCAUCUGCAAAGCCUCCGGUUGGCCACUGCCUACCAGUGAAGAAAUGACGCUGGUGAAGCCAGAUGGGACAGUGCUCCAGCCAAAUGACUUCAACCAUACAGAUCUUUUCUCAGUGGCCAUAUUCACCAUUGACCGAAUCUUCCCUCCGGACUCGGGAGUUUGGGUCUGCAGUGUGAACACGGUGGCUGGGAUGGUGGAAAAGCCUUUCAACAUUUCUGUGAAAGUUCUUCCAAAGCCCCUGCAUGCCCCAAAUGUGAUUGACACUGGACACAACUUUGCCAUCAUCAACAUCAGCUCUGAGCCUUACUUUGGGGAUGGACCCAUCAAAUCCAAGAAACUUCUCUACAAACCUGUUAAUCAUUACCAGGCCUGGAGACAUAUUCAAGUGAUGAACGAGAUCGUCACCCUCAACUACUUGGAGCCUCAGACUGACUACGAGCUGUGUGUGCAGCUGGCCCGUCCUGGAGAGGGCGGGGAAGGGCAUCCUGGACCUGUGAGACGAUUCACAACAACGUCUGUUGGACUCCCUCCUCCAAGAGGUCUCAGUCUCCUGCCAAAAAGCCAGACAGCUCUGAAUUUGACCUGGCAACCAAUAUUUCCGAUCUCAAAAGAUGAAAUUUAUGUCGAAGUUGAGAGGAGGUCCAUGCAGAAAAUAAGUGAUCAGCAGAACAUCAAGGUGCCAGGGAACCUGACCUCGGUGCUGCUGAACAACCUAACGCCCAGGGAGCAGUACAUUGUCCGAGCCAGGGUCAACACCAAGGCCCAGGGGGAGUGGAGUGAAGAUCUCAUCGCCUGGACCCUCAGCGACAUUCUUCCCCCUCAACCAGAAAACAUCAGGAUAUCCAACAUCACUGACUCCACAGCUCUGAUUUCUUGGACUAUAGUGGAUGGCUAUUCUAUCUCCUCUGUUAUCAUCCGCUAUAAGGUCCAGGGCAAAAACGAAGACCAGCACAUUGACGUGAAGAUCAAGAAUGUCACCAUCACUCAGUACCAGCUCAAGGGCCUAGAGCCAGAGACUGCAUACCAGGUGGAUAUUUUUGCUGAGAACAACAUAGGAUCAAGCAACCCAACCUUUUCUCAUGAACUGAUGACGCUUCCACAAUCCCAAGCAUCCACAGACUUUGGAGGGGGGAAGAUGCUGCUCAUAGCCAUCCUUGGGUCGGCUGGAAUGACCUGCCUCACGGUGCUCUUGGCCUUUCUGAUCAUGCUGCAACUGAAGAGAGCAAAUGUCCAAAGGAGAAUGGCUCAGGCCUUCCAGAACGUGAGAGAAGAACCAGCUGUGCAGUUCAACUCAGGAACUCUGGCCCUAAACAGGAAGGCCAAAAACAAUCCGGAUCCCACAAUUUAUCCUGUGCUUGACUGGAAUGACAUCAAGUUUCAAGAUGUCAUCGGAGAGGGCAACUUUGGCCAGGUUCUGAAGGCACGCAUCAAGAAGGAUGGCUUACGGAUGGACGCUGCCAUCAAGAGAAUGAAAGAAUAUGCCUCCAAAGAUGAUCACAGGGACUUCGCGGGAGAACUGGAGGUUCUCUGUAAACUCGGACACCAUCCAAACAUCAUCAAUCUCUUGGGAGCGUGCGAACACCGAGGCUACUUGUACCUAGCUAUUGAGUAUGCCCCGCACGGUAACCUCCUGGACUUCCUGCGGAAGAGCAGGGUGCUAGAGACAGACCCUGCCUUUGCCAUCGCCAACAGCACGGCUUCCACGCUGUCCUCCCAGCAGCUUCUUCAUUUUGCUGCCGAUGUGGCCCGAGGGAUGGACUACUUGAGCCAAAAACAGUUUAUCCACAGGGACCUGGCUGCCAGAAACAUUUUAGUUGGUGAGAACUACAUAGCCAAGAUAGCAGAUUUUGGAUUGUCACGAGGUCAAGAGGUCUAUGUGAAGAAGACGAUGGGAAGGCUCCCAGUGCGCUGGAUGGCAAUUGAGUCACUGAACUACAGUGUCUACACAACCAACAGUGACGUAUGGUCCUACGGUGUAUUGCUCUGGGAGAUUGUCAGCUUAGGAGGCACCCCCUACUGCGGCAUGACGUGUGCAGAGCUCUACGAGAAGCUGCCCCAGGGCUACAGGCUGGAGAAGCCUCUGAACUGCGAUGAUGAGGUGUAUGACCUAAUGAGACAGUGCUGGCGGGAGAAGCCUUAUGAGAGACCAUCCUUUGCCCAAAUACUGGUGUCCUUAAACAGGAUGUUAGAAGAGCGGAAGACGUAUGUGAAUACCACACUGUAUGAGAAGUUUACCUACGCGGGAAUCGACUGUUCUGCCGAAGAAGCAGCCUAGAGCAGAACCCUUCAUCUUCAGCUGCCGUUUGCCCUUCGCUGGCGUGAGAGCGCCUUGAUACCUGUGCUAAGCGAGCAGCCCUCUGCCAAGAGAUGUGCCAUAGAACUGUACAUAUUGUGCUAUGUGUUUGGGACCCUCAACAUAAAGCCCGUGCGGACCUGACUCUAACGUGACUGUAUAUACUGCUCGGAGGAAGAAUGUGCGGAGAUCGGAAUGCCUGUUUGUGGUUUCAGAGAAUAUAUUUUUCUAAAAACACGGAUUGCACAGGAAGGUGUGAGUGCAGAUACUGUAACGCAGAAUUUGUUAUUGUCCUAGAUGUGUUUUUUAUAUUUACCUCUAUAAUUGAAUGCUAUAAAAAAGGUUCUGCUGUGUACACAUACAAUACUGUUAAUAAGCCUAACAAUUCCCUUGACAGCACAGGAAGAAACGUGAGGGAAACAUACAGAUUAUAUAAGAAUGUGGGUUACUCCCCAGGAGUCUGAAGAGAGGGUCUCUCCAUUUUGCCCCUCACCUACAGAAGCCAGUUCAUUUGGUCAGGUGACAGUUUGUCCUGUGUUUCUACAGCACACAAGUUAUUCCAAAUUGUUACCACCUGAAAACUUCCUUAGGAGACUAAGAACAUUUAGAGAUAUAAGCAAGGUCAAUAUGUUGAUUGGUGGGACUUUUAGUCUCUCUAAUAAUCUGUUGUAUAUUCUAAGGAGUAAAACUAGGAAUUUAGGAACGAUGUGUGACAUUUGUGACAUGGAGUUACUAUUCCCACAUGUAUCGCACACUGACGUAUCCCUACAUGUAUUGCACACUGUAAAAGUUUGUAGUUUUGAUCAUCUGUGAAUUUACUGUUGGUGCAGUAGCCACUUGCUGCAUUGGUUCUUCCUGUAGGUGAAUAAAUGUCUCAUCUACCCACA